ACCAAAUGCUUUACCAUCCUUUGUGGAUUCACGAAACAUUGGCUCACCUUCCAUUGUUAGGCCAAAUGCCCAUCUGGGUUCUCGGAACUUGGAUUCACCUUUACAUAUAUGGCCCAGCCCUUUACCAUCUCACCUUGACUCCAGGAACUUGGACUCGCCUUCUCAUCACUGGCCCAAUGCCUUGCCUAGUUACUUUGAUAAUCGAAACCUGGAUUCUCCCUGUAAUUUUUGCUUUACACCCGUGGGUGGGAGAUCACUGUGUUCUUCCCCCGUUCCGCCUUCCUUUAUAGAGCACUUUGAUUCCAUGGCAGCAGGAAUGUUUCCACCAACAUCCAACUCCUACUUUCCAUACAUGGACCCCAGCUCUCAUGGUUCAUACUCCCAGGCCUCAGCAUUUGUUCCUCUGCAUAUGCCCCAACCAUCUGCAACCCAGCCGAACCACUCCUCCCCCUGUGUGACUCCCUCACCAAAAGCCAUUUCCUAUGAUUCCAGAGGCAUACGGGGUGCCUUGCCUACUGUUAGGAUUGAUUCAGCUCCUGAGCUUAGACGCUCCUUGUCUCCUCAUUCCUUGUCCUCCCCAACCACCCCAUAUACAACUCCUCCCCGUCCUCAAAGUCUAACCCCCGGUGGAACCGUUUUCAAGAGAGCGAC